AUGAAGAACGGCAAAUCUCCCGGCAGCGACAACAUCCCGGUCGAGAUAGUUAAGGUCGGAAGACACAGAGUGAUUGAGCUACUUAGAAUAGCCUUUAACAAAUGCUUAGAGGAACAAACUAUACCCGAAAUUUGGAACUGUGCCAUAGUUAUUCUACUUCACAAGAAAGAGGGCACUGGAGAGAAAGCUGGUUCGGAUCACGUUCGCAAAACAAACGAGUGGCUGAGGCACCAGAGCAAAGUCACUGACGUUAUCAAACGCGUGGCUAGACUGAAGUGGGAAUGGGUUGGUCAUAUGGCGCGCAAGACCGAUACGUGGAGCAAACGGUUACUCGAGUGGCGACCAUGGGGUGAAAAACGUCCCCGAGGGAGACCCCAGAUGCGUUGGGACGACGACAUCAGACAGAUAGCAGGGACAAGAUGGUUGCAAGUGGCACAGAGCCGCGAUGAAUGGCGUAGUUUGAAGGAGGCCUACACCCAAGUGGUAGAGACGGGCUGA